AGUUCCUGCGGUGUCCGGGCCCGCCCGAAAGGGGCGGAGGUCCCGCACCGGCGAUGGCGGACGAGGCGCUGUUCCUGCUGCUGCACAGCGAGAUGGUGGCGGGGCUGUACCGCGCCGCCGAGCAGGGCGAAGGGGAGAAUGGGCGCUGCACCACCAAGCUGGAGAGCAUGGGCUUCCGCGUCGGACAGGGGCUCAUCGAGAGGUUUACAAAAGAUACUGCCAGGUUCAAGGAUGAAUUAGAUAUUAUGAAGUUCAUUUGCAAAGAUUUUUGGACAACUGUAUUCAAAAAACAAAUAGAUAACCUAAGGACUAAUCAUCAGGGUAUUUAUGUCCUCCAAGACAAUAAAUUUCGUCUCUUGACACAAAUGUCUGCAGGAAAGCAGUAUUUAGAACAUGCACCGAAGUAUUUAGCUUUUACCUGUGGACUAAUCAGAGGAGGCCUAUCGAAUUUGGGAAUAAAGAGUAUUGUAACAGCUGAAGUUUCAUCAAUGCCUGCAUGUAAAUUUCAGGUGAUGAUACAGAAGAUGUAGAGCACAUUCAAAUCUGGGUAUCUACCUUAAAAAUCCUUUGUGUAUGGAUUCAGUAUCUUGGCUCAGUCUUGUAUAUAACUUGUAAAUUAUAGCAGUAUGCAGCACAAUUCCAAAAUAUGUAAUAAAUAUUCAUUGAAAUAA